AUGUCCCAAGAGCAGCCGGCCACCGAGCGGCCGGUCACCGUAGUCGCCUUACCUCAGGAUUUGCCGUCUCCCGUCACACCCGCCGUAGCACCACCGGCUAUGGAUUCACCCAGAGUGCGACUGAGGAGACCGGACAGUGUGGGCCACUGGCCAGUACCCCACGUCAUGGUGUAUUACCGCGAAAUCAAGAUCGCGUGGGGAAGGGACGCUAUCGCCCAGAUGACCAAGCAGGCAAGUCGUACCAAGAUCUGCCUUCGCGUUGCGUUCGAUAACUCGCACUACGAGGGGUCUUCCUUCGCCCGGAAUGCGGUUCUCUUCGGGACUUUCUACCACACGACCGGGAAGGACGACUGGGGCCCCGUCAUGCUUGGUAGCCUCGGAUGGUCAGAGAUGAUCCAGAACGUCGUGAGGAUUGAGCUUGUCUACCAUGAAGGGUGA